UGUCAAGAGUCAGCUAACAUCCUUAAAUCAUGUUAGCGUGUUUUUAUUUCCGCUCCCAAAUGCUUUGUUGCACAUCAAAACACUUAAAGAGAGUAAUGCUCUUCCAGCUCAUCUUAGGGUGUGUGUAAUGUCUGUGUGGGAAACAUUGUUUCCUCCCACUCGUUGCUAAAUUGAUGUAACUAGGCGGUUGAAACCACAAUUAUCUGAGUGUGCCAUCGCCAUGGGACGAAGGAGCCUGCUGCAAGUUUGUUUGCUUCUUCUCGCCUUUUUCAAAGAUAUGUCCUCCCUAAAGAUUCGUAAUAAAUUGCUGGGUAAAUGCCUACAGGUGUCAGAGGAACGUGCAGGAGGAGGAGUUUCUCUAGAGGGUUGCGAUCCAUUUUCACCCCUGCAGGAGUGGCUCUGGCUGCCUGAGGGCCAUGCUCUGCGCAGUCACCACACCGGGGACUGCCUGACUGCACCGAAUGCGGAGUACGAAGGCGUCCGCCUACAGCCCUGCAUUUUUACAAGUGGAGUGGUCAUAGUGGAUGUGGGAGGAGAAGCUAGCAGCCAGGCAUGGAGCUGCUCCAAGAAAGGACACCUGACUUUGAAGGGCAGUGAGCGACACCUGACUGCUUCUCAUGAAUCCAGUUUAGUCUUCUUGUCAGGGGAACAUAAGAGGCCAGGUAGUAGGUGGCGAUCUCUGGAUAACCAGACGCUUUGCAGUGGCAAAGGCAUCAAACAGGACAUAAGCCAACCCCAACAGCAGCUGGGAAAGACAAAGCCAGUCAUCUCUCCAAGUGAUGGUUCAGACACAAAGAGACUCGCCGACACAUUUUCAGAAAAUAUGUCUUGGGGACUUGAAUUUUUUCCUUUAACAGAAAUUCUAGAUGCGGCUACAGUGGGUACUGCUGGGACAGAUUCUUAUCAAGCAGGAAAUAUGACUCAUUUCUUCCUCAGUACCAAAUCCCCUCAAGAUCCAACCAUGAUCUUUUUCACUAUAGACUACGGGAUGGGCUGGAAGAUCACAAUGCUGGUGUUGACCUCCCUGGCUCUGGUCUUAGGAGCCGUCAUCCUCAUCCUCAGUGUUUACUCUAACAGAAAGAAGAAGAUGGUUUGUGUCGUGAAGUCGUUCAAUCCCAGACCAGACAUGAGUGCUCCGGGAUCCCCGCUGCUCAGUGAAAGAGCCCCACUGACGGAGCACGCCAUGCAUCUCUCCCACUCUUCCCCCUACUUACAGCGAGGAGAUAUUCUAAUAGAAUGGAAAGAUGGCACUGUUACUCCCCUGUAUGAGGCUUAAAUGUCGAUGAAGGCAGUGCAGAUGUGAUUGUUUUCUGUAAAAGCACGCCGGCAGCUUGUGUGUGAUUUGGCAUGUUGCCCCACCACAACCAGCAUCUCUCCCAGUGUCUCCUGGAAGCAAAAAAAAACAAAAUUGAGAAAGUGAGGUGAAAAGAAAACUCAGCCUCAGCAUUAUUAGAACUAACUUUGUGAAGCUUUCAGAGUAGAAUGUUAGUUUUCAAAGAAAAGUUCUUAACUGAGUUGUGAUUUGACAGACUCCAAGGAAGACAAACUUUACCACUUUAGAAGCACUUAAAUAGUUCAGCAAAGCCACUACAUCUGUCAUCUGGUAUCAACCUUUGCACCAGUAAAUAGAAAAUUAAUAUUUACUUGAACCAUUAUGACCAGCUGACCUAGUCUCUGUUUCAUGACAAACACUGCUGUGCUAACUGUUUGGCAGUGCUAUGUGUGCUUUAUUUUGUGAACUUAAUUUUGUUUAAAAAAAAAUUAAGAUCCCCUGUUACUACUAAGAAUCCAGAUUUCUUGUCUGAUUUGUAGAUUUUUUUUUUUUGCAGUCUGGUGGUGUUGAAAACUGUUUCCAAUGUUUUAAAGGUAGAAAGCUAACUAAAUUCAUUUAUUAAGUGCAAACUUUUGUAAUUGUGUUGAGUCCUGCAUGUACACUGACUUGUUUGUCCAUUCAUGAGGGCUCUUCUUUAGUUGUGACAAAUUCUCAGUUGGCUUAAAAGUAUUUUCGGUAGUGCCUCAACUGCCUUUAAAGAUCAUCAGAUUUCAGAGUGAAGAACAUCACAGGCCAAAUUCAGAGAUCAACUGAAAGAUAAACUGAACCUUUGGAUUUAGUUGCUGGUGGUAAAAGUGUGAGCAAAACUCAAAUUAAAGAAAGGAUCAGCUGAAUUUGAUUUGACCACAAGGAGAUUAAUGGAUUAUUGAAUUGAGAGCAUUGUGACAUUGCUGGUAAAUAUCUUAACCCUUGUGCUAUCCAUGGCCCGUUAACAUUUGGAGUGGGGUCAUCUGGACCCCACAAGACAGUGCGCUAAACUUUUAUUCUUCAAUAAUUUGUGAGAUUCACUUGUGUCCAUGGAGUAUAUGAAAUCCUCUUCACUUUUAUCCACCUUUGUCCUGGUAGGGAGUCAAUGUAAGGGUGGGGUCAUCUGGACCCCAUAAGAUAACACAAAAUCAGAAUAGGUGGGAAACUGUGUACUUUGGACUGUUACCUAAUAAGGCAGGGCCAUUUCAGGAUCAAACCAGAAAAGCAGGUUUUGUCAUGACGUAAUCUAGGAAAUUGCAGAAUAACAUCUUAAUUAUCUGUAACUGUGAAAGUACUCUGGAGCUUGUUUUUGGGUAACAAUAACUGGGUAACAACUGGCAUCUUGUGAAAGGGGACACGCCCUCUCCUUUUAUCAGUCGGGAAGCUUCUGUUAUCCGCAUUGCUUCACAAGUUAUCCCAGGAAAAAGAGAAAUAAUAGUUUGUUUAAAAACAAGAAAACUAACAACAAAUCACAGGAAAAGUUUUUGUUUUAAUGUUUUCUAGCCUGUAAACAAGCAAUAAAAUGAGUUUUAUACCUAA